AGGAAUUAUAUGGUUUGAGCAACAUAGAGGAUAUAUUAACUGAUGAAGAUCAAGAUGAUUCAACUUUAUUCAGCAGUAUUAUGUCUAAUGAUUCCAUAAAUCAAUAUAAUGAACAAUUUACAAAAAAAUUUUCAACUUCUACAUUACAAAGGCAUUUAGAACAAAAGCACGGUAUUAGAGUAGGCAACAUCUAUAAAUUAAAAUUACAAUUUGAUCAAUUCUAUCCAUAUAACCAAAUAGAUUAG